GUGACGCGCUAAUAAUUGUUUAUUUAUAUUACCGUAAAUAAUUGUUUUUAGUUUUCGUUUCGAUUUUUUUCGAGAACUUUUAUUCUAUACUGUGUAUUAGUGAAAAUGAGCAUAAACAUUGAUUAUAUUAAAGAAAAGAACAGAACUUUUCAAAAUAAAGUGAACAUAAAAUUGGCCGGACCGCCACGGCCCUUUUUAAAUUUAAAACAAUAAAAAAUAAACAUAUAUUAUGUCAAUUUUUGUUUUGUUGCAUUUUCUAACUUUAAUAUUUUAGUAAACUGCACCACCAGUUCGAUAACCCACCAGCCGCCACUGCUUAUAAGUAUACAGAUUAAGUUCUAAUUCAAUUGUAACUAUAAAAAUCAUAAACUAAGUCGACGGUAUGAAUUUGAACAGAAUCUGCGUGAUUUUUAAAAAUGAGUCUUAUUGCUUUACGAAUAAGGUUCAAUUCAAUCGAACUUAAAAAAUAAUUAAUUACGCGAUGGUAUAAAUUCAAAAAUAGUCAAAUAUAGUUACUAUUCAAUCGUAAUACAGCAACAUCGUCAACGUUUUUUAGUUUGCAGUUCAGCUACUUUUGAUGGUAUAAAUUUACACGCUACAAAUCCGAAACAAAGUAAUGUUCAGUAACUUUUGUUAUUAAUGAUGUUAAGUUAUUUUUGGACGUUGCUGUGAUUGCACUGGAUAACCAAAACAAGCAUUUUAUAUUGUUCAGUGACUUUUGUAAAACUUAAUGAUAUGAUGUUUUCGGAUAUUAAAACGAUCAGCAAUUUUUGCCAAAAUGGUGUACAGUGACCUUUGACGAGUAGUGUUCAGUUAAUUUUGAACUUUCAAGAUGUUCAUUCAAUAAUGGCGCCCUCUCUUGUUAAGCGAUUUAUGGGUGAUAUAAUGUACAGUGAUUUUGAAAAUUUGAAUGUGGUCAUCGACUAUUGAUGCUGACUGUACAACAAUGUUUAGAUUGCGUUUGUAUCAUUUGAAGCCCCAAAAAAUUGUAUCUUGUGUAUAUUUCGGUACAUUGCUGGGUCAUACCUAAUGAUUGUUUUCACACAAAAAUAUCCACAGGCACUAGAAACAGAUCUAAUAGGCGAGCUCCUCUCCCUCCUGGAGACUCGCUUGGACGGCGCGACGGCGGCGCAGUUGGUGCGCGCGCUGAAGGCCAUGUGUCGGUCGGCGCUGCACGGGGAGCGCGUCAAGGCCGUGCUGGCGCGCUCCGCCGUCUGGGACCACUACAGCGCGCAGAGACACGACCUCUUCAUCACUGCCGCGCCGCAGAAUAACUUACUCACAGGCGCUCCUCACACGGCGGGCUACCUGACGGCGCCGCCAUCGAGUAUCCCGGCACAGCCGCCCCCCAUCGACUGACCACGCGGCCCCGCGCUACAUGCUACUAGUACUCGCAGUACUCGCAGUACUCUCCCCUGCCUCACUACAAACACAAGCGUGUUUCUGAAACAACAGUACUGCUGACUAGACAAACGCUCAAGAAGUCUUCUAUAGAAUCUCUUUUAACUGAACUAAUUCCUUCGAAAAGUUAAGGCGAGGAAAACUUUUGAGGUCAAUUCCUCCGCUAUCGUGGCCGUGAGCGAUCAACGUGUGAAUAAAAUUCAUAAUGAUUUUAUUAGUGAAAUUAUAGUUCUAUAAAUGAAAAAUACUUUAGAUCAAAGUUCAGCCGUACACGCCUUUCAGGAACAAGCAGUGUUAGCGAAUUUGUCUUGGCGUACUCCGCGGCUUAUUACUAUGAUUGCAAUCAGAUAUCGUCACAUUUCGAUGUAUUAUAGCAAUACUUAUAAUACGUUUAAAGUUUAAAUUCGCAUGAAAUUGUCAGUCCCUGUAAAUUACGUUCAGCCAUCGAAUAUAGUACUAACAAGACAAAUUCAAUUGUACUUAUGUAAAAAUAGUUAAGUUGCUGCUCUAUAUUUUCUAAGUGGUUUGUCGAUGUCUCAUUGUAAAUUUAUAGUAUAUUAAUAAUACAAUAUCCGACCAGUGUGUGGUGAAGUAUUAACAGCCAAAGUUAUGUGUAUGUAAUUCUGAGGCCUUACUACGAAUUUAUCUUAUGUUUAAAGUAUUCAAAACAAGACCGCAUUUGGCGCUCUGAUUGGUAAGUUCAUUGGAGCCGGCCAAUCAGAGCGCAGAAUACGCUCUCAUCACCAUUACUUUAAACGAAAAAUAAACUCGUACUAAGGCCUAUGUUCGUCUAAAAUAGAAUGUGUAUAAUCGUUUGAUCUCUAACGAAAGGCAAAUAUUGUUUACAUCAUUCCUAAUUACGUUAGCGACAUAGGUUUUUAUAGGAUUCGCACUUUUUUAUGAAAUGUUAGAUUAGUGAAUAUUACGAAAGAUAUCGCACUUUAAAUAGUGCUAAACAAAUAAUUAUUAUUUGCUAUUAAAUAUAAAUGAUACUCUAUAUUGCCGGCGAUUUAUGUACCAAUGAUAAUUGUGAUUUUAUGGCAAUAUUAACUUAGCAAUUGCAAUAAUUUGAUGACGUACAGUCAUAUUACCAAGUGAUAUAUACGUGUGUUCAUUUCCUGGAUUCCACAUCAAAACAGAUCGUCGGGUAAAAUAACUAUUAACGUUUUAAUGUAUGAUAUUCAUGUCAAUAACCUAAUAGAAUUCGCACUUUUUUACGGAAAUAGUAUUUAAAUAUUUAUAUGUAUGUAUGUUUGUAUGUAUGUAUGUAGCUAAUAAUCUGUGCGUACAUGACAUAGUUCACUAGUACAGUUUUUAUAUGUGUAUUCGCGACAUAUAAAGGCUUUCUUGCCAUGUUUAGUUAUAUUGAGACUGAAAAUCAAUUAAUAAAUCAUUUGAAUUUUGGCACUAAAAUGUUGUUUUAAGGUAUACGAAGUCUUUGAGGCUUUUAGUAAAACAAUACAUUUGUUUUCGAAUUAUCAUUACAAAAUUGCAAUUUAUUUCAUGUAUUUUAGAUUUAUUUUUACAUUUCUUUUGAAGACCUGUUGUAAAGGAUUUACAACUGUUUUUUUAUUUGAUAAAUUCAAUUUUAGAUAACUUGUAGCUUUCUAACAAACUGAUCAUUUAAUAAAAUAUUCUGUAAGUAGCUUUUUCAAAAUAUAAUUAUGUGUUAACAUCAAAAUUAUGUGUGAUAUUGUAAAGGAAAUUAAAAUGUUUGGUUUAGUCAUAUCAUAGAGUUUUAAGGCGUUUAUACUUUAUGGAAAUUAUGAUGCUCUUAUGUUCGCUCAUUGAGUACGUCCUAAUAAAUAAUAUGUAUUAUAGCUAUAUAAUAUGAGUGAGUACCAACUACUGCGAUAUGUUGAUAGCUAUCAUACGCUGGUAUAUGAUUUUUAAUAUUAUGGUUUGUUUGUUUGCCUCUGUACAAAGCUUUAUCGUUUUAUUUUCUAAUGUGCCAGUAGUGGAAAUAGUCGAUAAAUUGUGAUAGUUGGUACAUCACUAGUAUCGAUAAUAAAGGAAUGUGAUUGGUCGUGAUGAGAGUGUGGUCUGUAUUAUUACUUUUAUAAUAAUGUGUAUUGGAUUACAAAAGUCGUGUUGGCAAGCUUUAAGUGGGUGGUACAGGGCACACGCAUCACGAAGGAUGUAUCGAAGGGCACCAUGAUGGAAAAGCGAGGUGUGAUCAUAUGGAUAUUUUUAUAUCUAGAGAUAAGUUAUAUUGCUGUAAAAUAUACGAAGUUAAUAUAUCAAUCUA